GCCUCAAGUGCAUUUUCCGGCUUCCCACACAAAGCAGAGCACUUCAGUUUUACAGGCUUCCCCCAUUCAGCAUCGAGGGACUGCUGUGCCACUGGUGAGCGAUGGCGAUGGUCACGGCCGACGCCUCCCCGCCCCCGGCCAUCGAGGCCUCCACGAAGCCCCCGGAGGCUGAAAAUAACUACAGCUCCUACAACGGCGCCUCCACCGCGGGCGCGGGAGCGGGACGGUCCCGAGCCCGUGGCGGCGGCGGAGGCGUGGUGGAUUCGGUGUUGGCGCGGGGGCGGCGGGAAGAAAUGCUCGACAAGUGCCCGCUCGCGCUGCACGCCGCCGCCGCGGCCUUCGCCUUCGUCGCGCUCGUGCUCGUCGCGUCCAACCAGCACGGCGACUGGAUGCAGUUCGACCGCUACCAGGAGUACAGGUAUCUGCUUGCUAUCGUGGCCCUGGCCUUACUCUACUCGCUGGCGCAGGCGCUGCGGCAUGCUCACCGGAUGCGCGGCGGCGCCGAUCCCGUCUCGGCCGCGUCGGGGAGGCUUUUCGAUUUCGUCGGUGAUCAGGUAGUCGCAUACUUGCUGAUGUCUGCUCUUUCUGCCGCUAUCCCCAUCACGAACCGCAUGAGAACAGCAGUGAUCAAUAACUUCACCGAUGCUACCGCUGCCGCGAUCAGCAUGGCCUUCCUUGCAUUUGUUUCCCUCGCACUGUCAGCUAUAGUUUCCGGUUACAAGCUCUCCAAACAAACGUACAUGUGAUGAUGUGAAUCGUCAUGCAGAAGAGUAAAGCUGUUACAUGAAUCAUUCAUUCUGGAGAAGCAAAGCGUGAGAUGUCCCUCUUGCACGCGAAGAUGCUAUGCCUUAUGUGAUUGCUGUCGAUUGUUAGUAGCUAGCACAUUUGUACAUACAUGGAGCAUACCUUGAUACAUGCUUAUUCUUCAUGUUCUGUGCUAUAUUCAAGACUCCAAGAACAUAUCGCUGCUAUCUCAUGAUUGAGAACUCCUUGUUCUCAAGAUAUCUAGAUGUAGAACCGUGUGUUUGUUGUUCAAGGUGGAGAAAAGAAUGCAUGUUCUUUCAUUUUAUUGUAGCGUGUAUCUGAAACUCUGUAGUACAAAGUUUUUUUGGUGGUCUAAUUUUAUGGGGGCAAGUUUGUCGUUCUGUCUA